AAUGAUGACCUUUCAGUGUAACAAACAAUGCCACCCCUCACCCCCAACUCCCUCGCCGCCCUUCUCCAAUCCGCCGUCGCCGCUCGCUCCUCUCAACUCGGCCGAGCCGCCCACGCCCACAUUAUCAGGACUCUCCAAACUCCACACCCCUCCUUCCUCUCCAACCACCUCAUCAACAUGUACUCCAAACUCGACCUCCCCACCUCCGCCCACCUCCUCCUCCGCCUCACCCCCUCCCGCUCCGUCGUCACCUGGACCGCCCUCAUCGCCGGCCUUGUCCUCAACCGUCAUUUCACUUCCGCUCUACUCAACUUCAUCGACAUGCGCCGCGACUCUGUCCUCCCCAACGACUUCACCUUCCCCUGCGCCUUCAAGGCCGCCGGGCUGCUUCGCCGGCCUUUGAUCGGAAAACAGGUCCACGCACUCGCCGUCAGGGCCGGGCAGAUGUGUGACGUGUUCGUUGGGUGCAGUGCUUUUGACAUGUACUGUAAGACUGGUCUGAGGAUCGAUGCAGGGAAGGUGUUCGAUGAAAUGCCUGAGAGAAACCUCGCCACGUGGAAUGCGUACAUGUCGAAUGCGGUGCUUGACAGGAGGCCGGUGAAUGCUGUGGAGAAGUUUAUUGAGUUUGUGAGGGAGGGUGGGGAGCCGAAUUCAAUUACCUUCUGUUCAUUUCUGAAUGCCUGUUCGGAUACGUUGGCAUUGGAGCUUGGGAGGCAGUUACAUGGGUUUGUGAUGCGGUUUGGGUUUGGGAAAGAUGUGCAGGUGAUGAAUGGGCUUGUGGAUUUUUAUGGCAAGUGUCGGGAAGUUACGUCAGCUAGGAUGGUUUUCGAUAGAAUUGGUCGGGCUAAUCAUGUGUCUUGGUGCUCCAUGGUGUCUGCUUAUGCACAGAAUGAUGAGGAGGAGAAGGCUUGCAAAUUGUUUUAUCGGGCUAGGAGAGAGGGGGUUGAGCCGACUGAUUUUAUGGUUUCGAGUGUUCUAAGUGCUUGUUCUGGACUCGCGUGGCUUGAACAGGGUAGGUCAGUUCAUGCGCUUGCAGUGAAGGCUUGUGUGGAUGGAAAUGUCUUUGUUGGGAGUGCACUGGUAGACAUGUAUGGAAAAUGUGGGAGCAUAGAAGAUGCCGAGUGUGCAUUUAACUUGAUGCCUACAAGGAACUUGAUCAGUUGGAAUGCGAUGGUAGGUGGGUAUAUGCAUCAAGGACAUGCCAACAUGGCUUUGGAAUUGUUUGAGGAGAUGAGUGCCGGAAGCCGUGAACUUAAACCUAAUUACGUCACGUUGGUGUGUGUAUUAUCGGCAUGUAGUAGGGCAGGGGAUGUGCAAAAGGGCAUGCAGAUUUUUGAUUCGAUGAAAACACGGUAUGGUGUUGAACCAGGGGCAGAGCAUUAUGCAUGUGUUGUGGACUUGCUAGGGCGAGCUGGGAUGGUAGAGCAGGCAUACGAGUUUAUUACAAAGAUGCCAAUUCAUCCAACAAUCUCUAUAUGGGGGGCUCUUCUUGGGGCUUCUAAAAUGUUUAGCAAGCCAGAAUUGGGGAAGAUUGCGGCUGAGAACUUAUUUGAACUUGAUCCUAAAGACUCUGGCAACCAUGUGGUGCUUUCUAAUUUGCUUGCUGCUACUGGAAGGUGGGAAGAAGCUACUCUUGUGAGAAAGGAGAUGAAAGAUGUUGGCUUAAAAAAAGGCGCAGGCUACAGUUGGAUUGCUGUCAAGAAUGCUGUCCACACUUUCCAAGCAAAGGAUACAUCACAUGAAAUGAACUCAGAGAUUCAGGCAAUGCUGAUCUAUUUAAGGAGGAAAAUGGAGGAAGCUGGGUAUGUUCCGGACACCAAUUUUUCUCUGUUUGAUUUAGAAGAAGAAGAGAAAGUAUCAGAACUGUGGUACCACAGCGAGAAGAUUGCCCUUGCCUUUGGUCUCAUAGCUAUCCCUUCUGGGUUGCCUAUAAGGAUUAAUAAAAACCUUAGGAUCUGUGGAGAUUGCCAUGGUGCAAUCAAAUUCAUUUCAGGUAUUGUAGACAGAGAAAUUAUUGUCAGAGAUAACAAUCGUUUUCAUCGGUUUAGAGAAGGUCACUGUUCCUGUAGAGAUUAUUGGUAAUGUAUAAGAUUGCUCAACAGAGUUUUAGUGCAUGCAAAUCACAUGUUGUGAUUAAGAUGUACAAGGUGUUUUUUGAUGGGAAGAGAUUCUAGAAAUUCAAUUUAAACUCAGGGUUUCACAAUCCUCUCCCGUCCACUUUCGGAGUUUGGUAUCCUGGCCCAUUGAAUCAGAUUGAGGUGUUAAGUAUCAUGGAUAUUGAAUGUAGAUACUUCACUUCCUAAAGAAAAGGUGUUAUCCAUCUGAGUGGGAAUCUCUUUUUUCUGGCACCUUUGCUGGCUUGCAGUAAAAUUCAUACAAAACGACCCCGGGUAUCUGUAAAGUUAGCUACAACCAUUGCACAGCCUUCGGACCCAGUACCCACAAAGUUUCUGUGACCUCUUACGCUUGCGUUCUCUUGUUCCAGCUGAAGGUUAGAUUAUCUACCUGUAUCUCCUAUGUAUCUGUUUCUGUUUUUCCAUGCCAAUAGCAAUGGGUUUCUUGAUUUCUGUGUUCAUUGAAUGAUAUUGUUUUGGGACGUUCUCAUUAUGAAUUUUCUAAUUAUGGUUUACAUGCUUUCAGUAUAUUGAGUUCGCGAU